UAAUAAAUUUCAACAUUUUAGGACAUGGUCUUGACAGUCUCAACAACCUUGAAAAUCUCAACCUGUCGGGUAACAGAAUUUGUUCCUUUAAGGAUCUGACUGGACUAGUCAGGCUACCAAAUCUACAUACUCUCGGUUUGAAGGAUCCGAUGUAUGCUCCAAAUCCAGUUUGCUCCCUGUGUAACUAUUCAACACAUAUACUUUAUCAUCUACCUCAGCUUCAAAGACUGGAUACAGUGGAUGUCUCUAACAAAGCAAUGAGAGAAUUAGCAGAGGCAACUGUGGUUAAGAAGAAAAUGUAUUACAAUAUGCGAGUAAAAACGCUGAAAAGAAAUAUGGCAGAAAUGCUGCUGCACUUGCGUCGUGAUAAGGCUGCUUUUACCAAGGCAACUAGAGACAGAAUUAAAAAUGUUUCAUUUAUGAUGAAAGAGGUGAUCUUUUAAGAAUAUAAUUAUCUA